AUGAAGCCUGUUCGUGGUUCUAAUCGGGAAUCCUCAAAAGUUCCCCGUCCAAAAAUCAAGUCGAAAAAGAAGAUUCUUCCAGCAAGCGAUCAUCUGGGUUUGCCACGGGCUGACGGCAAUAAUGGCGAGAUCAAACGCCAGAAAUCUCCAAAGAAGAGAAUAGCUUCUAAAAUUCCACGAAAAGGCAAAGGUUCAAAGAACCUCACGCAGAUCAGGAGCUCCUCCGUCAAUGCAGUGGAGAAUAUGCUCGAUAUAGCAUUAAUGACAACUCUUGCUUUGAGACAGAAAGAUAAGGAGAGCCAGGAACAUCUAAAUACUCUGAAAAACAGGUUCCUAACUUGUUGUGCAAGGCUUCAAGUUCCAGAGCAGAAAUCUGAAGAAUUAAGGGAAUCAUCACAGCGCCACAGGCAGGAGAGCAAAAAGUCUGUGGAUGGAAAGCAAACUCUGAAUUCCCUGGAGGAAAACCUAAGGGCUGUGGUCAGUGCGCUGGAGAACACAGAAGAGCAGGUGUCCUCUCUGCAGCAAGCGUGCAGUUCUCUGCAAGAACGGGUGGAAGAGGAGGAGGAGAAAGCUAAGGAGAUGCUACAGAGAAGCAAGCAAACAGUCCUCCGUCUCCCUUCUUACCCGCUGUGAAAGGAUGAAACAACCUUGGAGGGUUCACUUUUAAAAGAUGUGGUUAAAAUGGCUGAGUUGCAUUUCCUCCCUGGAGGAACUGCAAGCUCGCUGAGAAGACAGAUCCCGGAGGAAGAGGGUGACAGCAUGUCUCUUAAACUGGGAACAAUAUUGCAAAAGUCACAAGCAGUAAAAAAAAAAAAACACCUGAUUACACAAGCACAUAAACACGUAGAUCAACUUUUGAUCAACAUUUAA